UAUUCUACUUUAUAUUACUGAUUGAUAAAAAAUAAAUACAUGUGAAGUCACCUGGUGAAUUGGGGACUGAACUAUUAAUCACAUAUUAUUGAAAACAAUAAGAAGCUGCAGACUUAUUAGAAACCGGAGUUCCAGUCUGUGAUCCAGUUCCAUGGUUUCCAAUGAUCCCAGUAGAAUCCAGUUCCACAGUUUCGCUCCUCCUCCUCCCUGAGGUCACUCAGUGUGGAGGACAGGAAGAAGUCAGCUCAGCUGUUGUACAAUGUUCUGAUGUUCAGAGUAUCUUCUUUAAUCCACAGUUGAUUUGGACUUUAAAGCAGCACCAUGAGCAGCGGAGUGUGUCGCAGAGUCCUGCAGAGCGCCGGCUCCCCUCCUGCAGCCUCAGCCGGCAGCUGGAGCUGGAGCUGGAGCAUGUCCUCCUGCUGCAGACACCGUCCCGGGCUGAGGUCUGAACCCCGCAGAGGGCUGUCAGCGUCGGGCAGAGGCACCAUGAAUGUGUUCAACAGGGAGAUGAAGAAGAGGCAGAAGAACUGGGCAGCAUCUCUGCAGGACGGACACCAGUACGACUACCUGAGGAACGAGGUUGGCAGUCGAGUGGCGGAUCGGGUGUAUGACAUUGCGAGGACGUUUCCUCUGGCUCUGGACAUCGGCGGUGGAAAGAGUCACAUCGCAGAGCACUUAAGCAAGGUGCAGUACAAGUACUUUAUCCUUCGACUCCCCUGCAUCUCAAAGGGAAGUGCUGACUUCGUGGAGCGUUUGUUCCUGACGGACGUCUCGGAGAACUCUCUGAAACGGAGAAGAGCGAGCGAGAUCCCGACUCAUGGCGUUCUCGCUGACGAGGAGUUUCUGCCGUUUAAAGAAAACACCUUCGACCUGGUGGUGAGCAGCCUGAGUCUGCACUGGAUCAACGACCUGCCUGGAGCUCUCCGACAGAUCCACCAGGUGCUGAAGCCGGACGGGGUGUUCAUCGGGGCGAUGGUGGGCGGGGAGACCCUGUACGAGCUGCGGUGCUCCCUCCAGCUCGCCGAGACCGAGAGGGAGGGAGGCUUCUCCCCCCACGUCUCCCCAUACACCGCCGUCACAGACCUGGGCAACCUGCUGGGCCAGGCCGGCUUCACCAUGCUCACUGUGGACAUCGAUGAAGUUCAGGUUCAUUAUCCAGGGAUCACUGAAGUCAUGGCCGACCUGCAAGGAAUGGGUGAGAGUAACUGUGCCUGGAACAGGAGAGCGAUGUUGCACAGAGACACCAUAUUAGCAGCAGCAGCUAUUUAUAAAGAGAUGUACGCGAGCGAGGACGGCUCCAUCCCCGCCACCUUCGACAUCCUCUACAUGAUUGGCUGGAAGCCUCACGAGUCUCAGGCCCGACCGGCGCGGCGAGGAUCGGCCAACGUGUCGUUUGGGGAUUUGUCAAAGAUCAGCCAGCCGACCGACACAAACAAGUCAUAGAAGCAUCCGAGCCGACGACAGCUGACACGCUGCAGAUUGUAAAUAAUAUAUUUUUAUUUAAACAGCCAUGUUUUGUCUGCUGGGUUAACAGGAGGCGACGUGUUGUAGUAAUGUCUGGAAUAAAGUUGAGCAAUGGAAACGGC